AUGGCAGGUCUAGAGGACGUAGAUGCGGGUGGAGCUCAAUCUAAAACAGCUUACGCGCCAUUCUCCGUCAGUGUCCAUCAUAGAACAGUGUUCAAUUCACCAGGAACUCUUCCCACAUCGAUUCGGUUUCAAACAAAGAUGUCAUCAGAGAACAUUGACAAUAUGAACGACACAGGAGCUCGAGGAUCACUAAACGGCGUCGAGGAGCUGGUCACAUUCCUCGGUUGCGCAUCAUCCAAUGAUCGAUCUGCUUUCUCGAAAAGAGCUAAUAUCAUUUUUGAAUGCAGAACCUGCUUCACUUUGUUCCGCAAGGCCGACGGCUUUAUGCGACAUGUGACUCGUUGUGAUAGCAGUCGUGGCACUGAUGCCGAGUCGGAGCCUGAGCGUCGAACCUUGUAUGUAUCGCCAGCUCCUGUAGUCCCAUCGGCGGGUAGAGUAUCUCGUGUAGUACCGCUGAAAAAACCGAUCGCAACUGGAGCGGCAUACUUGCAUAGUACUCCGCCAGCUCCUGUGCUUCAGCAGGAAGCCGUUAUCAAACAGCCUCCAGUCAAACCGAGAGGUCGCCCACCCAAAGCAGAGAAAAUGAAUGUGGCUAAGCUUCCUGUGAAGAAAGAAGACGAUGUUUUUGUGAGUCCUAGUGAUUGCAGUACAGCAGAUCCGAAGUUAGAAAAAAUGAGUUAUGCAUUUGUUCCCCGUGAUCCCGUGUUGCAGCCCACUCCAACUCCGCCGACAGUUGUAAUGGCUACUGGUAAUGGAACUCUGAUCUCUCCUUCGCGCGCACCAAAACGAGCUUAUAACCGCAAGGUCACUCCUGUGCUGACACCCCAAAAGAUUCAAAAGACUGACAACAAUGAUGGUGGGGAAGAAGCUAUUAGCGUAUCCUCGAAGUCUGCAAAGUCCGAUGAUCCUGAUCUCAGCGCUGAAAUUCGCCCAUCGCGUAUGCGUAAAACACCCAAAUGGCUUGAAGACAGCGCCUUCGUCGUUUAA